AUGGAAUUAUUUCCUGGAACAAAAAAAUUAUUUUCAAAUCAAAAUCAUCAACAAAAUGAAUUCUUAGCACAUUUCAGCAGUGAAGCUGUCUACUGUCACCCACAUUACUGUGAAGAAAAGGAACAAUCAACAACAAUUGACAAUUUCUUUUGUAUUUUGCACCUUUCUACUGCUUUGUGUUACAUUUCUGCAACGAACGAAUAA